AUGGCGUCUCCCAAUAAACCAACCAAAAAGGGAGUUAGUCAAUCAGAUGAUACAGGACCAAAAGAUAUCGAUGUAUCAUCACCAAUUCCAAUUAAAAGUUUAAAUGCAUUCAAAAAUCAAGAUCAAUUCAAGUUUGAUAAUAAUGGUUAUACAUCAUUCGAUUCGAGAUCAUUCACACCAAAUACAUGGGGAUCAGUUCAAAAUCAUCUUACAAGAAGACCAUCAUAUAAUACUUUAGUAUCAUCAAGAGAAAAACAUUAUAAUUUAGAUUAUCCAAAAGAUUCAAAUGAAUUAUUAAAAUUACAAUUAGAUCCAACAUCCAGGUUUUUUGCAAGAUCUAGACCAAGAACUUUAAAUUUACCUUCUUUAUUACCUUAUAAAAUUGAAAAUCCAGAAGAACAAGCAAAAUUUUUAAGUCAUAUAGUUUCACAUUUAUAUAUUGCCAUUAAAUCUUUAGAUAUUCAAGGAUCAUUAUCUAUUAGUGCAAAGGAUUUAGCAGCAUUAAAAGAUUCAAUCUCAGAUGUUGAUAUAGCAUUAGAAACCACUUUAUUUGAAAUGAACAAUACAGAAGAAGAAGAAAUCGUGGAAGAGAUUGAUAGUUCUGAUGAAGAGAUGGAUAGUUCUGAUGAUGAAGAAGUAGUAGAAGAUGAUUCAGAUGAAGAUGAUAAAGAUGCAACUAAUCAACACAAAAAAUCACCAAAAUCAGCAGCAGUUGUAAGUGUUAGAACAUGGACUCAUGAAUUGUUAAUUUGGAUGAAAAUGAAAUAUGAUAUGCCUUUAAGUUUAAGAGUUAAUUUAUCAAAAGUAUACUAUGCAUUAUGUCUUUGUCGAGGCCAACAUGUUAAUGUAAAAACAUAUGUUCGAGUAUUUGAAUUAUUAACAAGUGAUCAAAAAUUAUUAGCUGAUGCUGGAUUGAAAUUAUCUUGGGUUGAAUUAUAUGAAGAAUUUCAAAAUUUAUUCCCUUCACCAAUACAUGCAAUGGAAAAAAAAGAUCAAAAAUAUUUAUCAAAAUUAGCAUCAAGAGCAUCUAGAUUUUAUGAUCCAAAAAGUUUACCUGAAAUAUUUGCAAAAUUAGGUAAUAAUUUUUCUCCAUCAGUUUCGGCAUUAACUAUUUCAGCAUUUCCUUUAUUACCAACAACUUUUGGUAAUGGUGUUAAUGAUAUUUAUGAUAUUCGACAUUAUAUUGAACCAUUAUUUCAUAUGUGGUUAAAAUUGAAUAAAAAUAAAGAUUUAGAAGAUCAAAUAACGUGUAGAUUAGGAAUAAUAGCAAUGGAAACAUUAAUUAAAUUAAAUGAUGAACCCAUAUUGUUAGGAAAAUUUGGAAUUUUCACUAAAGAUCAAAUGGAAUUUUUAUUUAAUGAUUUAUUGAAUAGUUUAGGUAUAAGAAUUCUGAAAUUUUCAUCAAAAAAAGUAAAAUAUUUUCAUGGAUUUGCUUCAACUAUAGUAUUUUCAAUAACUGAAUCACAAGCUGAAAUAAUAGAUUAUAUAAGGUCACUUAUAAAUGCAAUUGAAAGUUAUGUUCAUCCUUCAAAUUCAGGUGAUUGGACAAGACCAAUUUCAAAAUUCAUACUUGCUAUAAUUUAUCAAUUUCAUAAAAGAUAUAAUAUGGAAAAUGAAAUUGAUGGGUUACUUUAUAAAAUUUCUGUUAAAUUAAGCUCAACUACUGUUCACGAAUUUGUUAAAAUCAUGCUUCCUAUUGUUAAAAUUGGUAUACAAUCGAAAAAAAGUGAUGCUUCUGGAGAUUAUCUUUCAGCUUUAAAUCUUUUAUCAUUAUUAGAUUCUGAAUAUGUUUUGGAAAAUACUUUAUUAGAUAUAUAUGAAUCUUUGGAAGGUGUAAUAUCAACACAUAGAGUAUUGAAUGCAUUACGUAUGAUUGAUUCCUUAGCUAGACCACUUGUUUCAACACCAGUAUUCAGAGUUCAUUUAACAAGAAUUUUACUGUUGAUAAUUCCAGGAAUUGAUUCAAAUGAUUUAGUAAAAACAUUACAAACUUUAGAAGUGUUUUCAGCUAUUGCUAAUUUCACUCCAAUAUAUAAUUUAAAUGAAUAUGAAGAUACUUCAUUAGCAAUGGAAUUCACUCAAAAUCAUAUAGAAUAUCUUCAAAGAAAAAUAUACAAUAAUGAUGAAAUUUUUGAAUAUGAUAAAAAUUUAGAAAUUGAAGCUUUAAAAUCAUCAACAUCAGCUUUUAAAGAUAUUUUUAAAUCACUAGCACAAAGAGUACCUCCAUUAUUAGAAAAUUUACCUGAUCCUGCUAAAAGUUCAGGUUUAGAAAAAGAUUUAGCUAUUUCAUUACCAAAAUUUUUUUAUGUCAUAUUUGAAUCAAUGUCAGAUGAAAUUUUUAAAAUAUUUAAAGAUGAAUUAUUUGAAUUUGUAUUUAAUAAUGUACAUCAUUUAAUAGCUAUAACAGUUGGAGAACUUUGUGGUGCAAUAAUUAAAAGAGAUCCUAAAUCUUUUAAAUUAAAUGCAACCAUUUUAAUGGAAAAAAUUAGAGACGAAAUUGAUGAAAAUGGUGCAGGUACUUCCAGAAGUAUUGAAGUUGCUCCAAGAGAUCAAGCAUUAUAUUGGUAUUUAACGAUUUUUAAAUAUUGUGCUGGUAAUGCUGGCUCACAAUUAGUUAAAAUGCCAGAAUUAAAAGAAUUUUCAUUUUAUUUAAUGGAUCAUAUUGAAGGUGCUUGUGUUUCAGUUGCAACUUCUUUAGUAUUUCAUAUUUUACAAAAUGUAACUAAAAUAAGAGUUAAAGAAAGUAGAUUAAUAUCACCUGAAUAUGAAACAAAACAUGGAAUUACUGAAAAAUGUUGGGGUGGAUUUUGGGAUUCUAAAACUAGAUUUGAAAAUAUAAGAUUUGAUUGGUUUGUUCCAACUGAAGUUGAAGUUCAAUUUGCUUAUAAAUUUUUUAAUGAUCAUGUUAUGAAAUGUAUUGAAAAUAUAAUGAAUUUAAUGAAAAAUUAUGAAAAUAACCCACAACCAAAUAAUUCAAUUGUAUUACUUGAUUCAAUUAGGAAAAAUUUAUUAUAUUUUAAUAAUUCAUUAAGUGGUGUUGCAUUUUUGUUAGAUCCUUCAUUUGAAGAAGAUAUACCUAUUUUAAAUCAUGAAAAUGAAACAAUUCAACAAAGACUUUCAUUAUUAAAUAAAAUUAGAAAUUCAGUAUGUUCUACUCAAAAGGAUACAACAUAUGAAGAAAAACAAAAAGUUAGUGGAGAUAUUCAAAAAGUAAUAGAAGAAUUGAAAAGUGAAGAUCUUUUAGAAUAUAUAACAGGAUUUGAAAAUUUAGGAGAAAUUGAGGAAUCACCAAAACCUAAAUCACCAUUGAAAUCAGCUCCUAAAUCAGCUAUUCAAAAAGAACUUACUCCUGUAUCUGGUAGAGAAACACCAAGUAUUGAAGGAGUUCAAAUGUCUUCUACAAAUCCUGCAAUAACAUUUAGAGAAAAAAGUUUAUAUACUUCAAGUUACUUUUUUGGAAAUACUAAAGAUAAAAAAUUUAAUGAUUUAUAUAUGAAAAUACAUAAAACAAGAUAUUUAGUGGGGAAAAGUUUACAUUAUAUUUGUAAAUUCUUAUUAGCCAAUUUUCAUGAUAAUACAAGAGUUUUUAAAAAUUUAUUAAAUACAAUAAAUGUAUGGAUUUCUGAUGUUGGAAGAGAAAGACUUCAUCAUUCAAGUAAUGCAGAAAUUGAUUAUGGAUAUGUUAGUUUUCUUCAAACAAUUAAUCGAAUAAGAAAACCAUUUACAAGAAUUGCUAUUGGUGCAAGAUUAGAAUCAUAUCAUCAAUCAAGAUUAUCAUUACAUGCUACAGCUAGAUCUGAAACUGGUUUAGAUCGUGUUUUAGUCGAAGAUGUUAUUAAUCUUUCUGGGUCAACUUAUUCCACUAUUUCAUCGAGUGCUCAAAAAGUUUUAUUGGACUGUAUGAGAAGAAUUAGUGGGUCUUAUAGUCAUAUAGUCAGAUCAACCACGCGAAAUCUUACCAAAGCUUUAGAAGCAAAUGAUGAUAAGAAAAUUGAAAGUAUUUUAAAAGUUCUUAAUCUUAAAAGAAUUAAAUAUAAAUUAAGCAAUGAUUAUAUUAAUGUUCAAAAAUAUAUUGAUUUAUUAGAACGUUGUUUAAAAAUUGAUGAACCAAAAGUUCAUAAAGUUUGUCAAAGUUUAUUUGAUGGGAUUUGUAAAAACAUAACUACUCCUAGUUAUACAUGUAUUAUAGAUCAUGAUGCAAUAGAUUUAAUACGACCACCUGAUGAAUAUAUUGAUUUAGAAAUUAAAGCAGUUCAAUUAGCAAAAGAUAAAAAAAGAAAAUUAUAUUUUGAUAAAUUAAAAAAAUUAGAAGAUAAAAUUAUAGAAGAUGAUAAACCAAAUUUACAUUGGAAAAUUUCAUUACUGAAUCAAGAAUUUUUAGUUAAUUUACAACUGCAUUUAGAUAUUCAAUUACGUGGUGAUAUUUUGGAGAAGCUAUUUCAUCAAGCUGGUAGUGGACAUCCAAUUAUUUCAAGACAAGCAUUACAUGGAAUUACUAAAUUAAUUGAUAAACUUGAAGUUUUAAGUUCUUUCAAAUAUGACUUGAAUAAUGCUUAUGAUUUAAACUUUAUACCUGAUAAAGAUUUAAAGAUCGAUACUACAGGAUCUUUUACCUCAAAAUGGUUUAAGGAAAUGAGUGAUGAAAAUCCUGAAUAUUAUAUUGAUACAAAACCAAAUUCAGGUUGGUUAUUUUGGGGUGAUCAUAUAAUAGCCGCAUCUGCAAAACCAAAUUAUAAAUGGGAUAUUCAGGAACAAGAUAAUGUCGCUCUUGCGAGAUUUGGUUUACUUAUUGAUAAAGAAUGGUUUUUAAAAAUUGUUAAAAUGUGGGUUGCAGAAGCUGAAAAUAAUAAUGCUUUUCAAAUCAUUGAUGUACAAGUUACAAGUACAUUAAUUUAUUUAAUUUCAAAUGAUUAUACUCCAAAUUUUUCAUAUUCUGAUUUAUUAUCAAUUAUUGAUGAAAUUUAUGAACCUGAAGAAAAAAGUGCUCAUAUUAUAACUUGUGAAUUAUUUGCUGGUAUAUUAUUAGCUUCAAAAGAAACAGCACCAAAAUAUUGGGAUGAACGUGAUGAAUUUAUAAUUAAAUACCUCAGAAGAAUUUUUGAAAAUGAUAUAUCACCAGGAACUCAAGCUACUUGGGCUGUAUUUUGUUUUUGGGUACCUUCACAUAUUGAUUAUAGAAGAUUUAAAAAAGUUAUUGAUGAAAUAUUAAAUUUUAAAUUAGAUCCAAAUUCUGAUCAUGCUUUUAAAGAUACUGCUAGAAUAAGUUAUAUUAAGGGAAUCUUAAGUACUAUAUCUUGGAGAUAUCCACAUUCAGAUACGAUUUUAGAUGGUUGUAUUGAGAACAUAAAUCAUAAAUAUAAUACAGUUCGAGCUGAAAUUGGUGGAUUGUUAAGUACUAUUUCUCAAAAUUAUUAUAUGGAUGGGUAUCAAGACUCUGAAACUUUCAUUAAUUCAACUGAAUUAAUACAAGAUAAUAAAUUAUUACAAAUAAUACCGAAAUUAUUUGAAAAAGUUGAACAACAUAGAUUGGAAGUUAUGGGUAAAACACCUCAAGAAAUUUUAACUUCUGAUUAUAUAUAUCUGGCUACAACUAUAUUGAAAUGGUUAAGGACAACUUUACAUAUGAACGUUUCAGUAGUACUACAAAGAUUUGCAUCUUCAUUAAUAGUUCCAUUUUUAUUAGAACUUAUUAAUAUGAAAGAAGUUUGUCAAUUAGGAAAUAUUGAUCCAAUUACAGUAUUAAAAUAUGUAAGUCAAAUCACAUAUACCAAAAAUGAACUUAAUAAUGUUCUUGAAAUGUUGAAUCAAUACUCCAAAAAAGAAUUAAAUAUAGUUCAAUCAAUAGUUAUUGGUGAAUUCACAGAAACUGUAUUUUUCAAAAAUUUAUUUAAUUUAUCAAAAAUUCAAAGAGAAAAAAUUAUAGAUAUAACAGUUUCAUUACUUUAUAGUAAACAUUUGGAAGUAAGAGAAGCAGAAGCAGAAACUUUAUCAGGUUUAAUCCAUAUGUUACCAGAUGAUACAGUAGUUCCAAAAUUUAUUAAAAUUUUUUCAAUUCAAUUAGAAACAACAAGAUCAAAAUAUAAAAGAAAUUUUAAAGAAAUACCUAAUGAAGAAAUGAUUAAAUUACAUGGUUCAACUUUAGGUUUAGGUGCAUUAGUUCAUGCUUUUUCAUUUGCUUCUCCUCCUCCAAAAUGGGUACCUGAUGUUUUAACUACAAUUGCAGAUAAUGCAACUGGUAUAUCUGGUGUAGUUGGUAAAGCUGGUAAAAAUAUAUUAGCUAGAUUUAGAAAAGAUCGUCAAGAUUCUUGGCAUAUUGACAGUCAUGUAUUUAAUGAAGAGCAUUUAUUGGCUUUAGAAGGAGUACUUUUCCGUAGUUAUUUUGUAUAG